ACUUCAAGUGCAGCAGAAUUCCCCAGCCCCCCAAGGAUUUGAGACCCAUCAGCUUUCCUCACCUGGUUUAGCCGGCCGGUUGAAGCCGUUGCUUGAACCCCUGUUGCAUGCUGACAGCUUCUGGAAGCCACAGGAUUUCCUUUCCUCCCACUCUGAAGAAGGUGAUGGAGAAGACAUUCAGAAUUCCAGGGGAUGGGGCACCUUUCGUUUCAUUAGGAAUAGAAAUUAAAAUGUGUGAAAUGUGGGAUAUGCUUCAUUGAAUGAGCACACAUAGCUCACAUCAAUGACUCCAAGAGGGGAGAAAACAUUUAAAGGUAUGGAGAGUGGGAAAAGUUUCACUGAUAGUAGAAAACUUAGAACACAUCAGCGGACUCACAUGGACAAGAAAGGAUUCCAAUGCAGGGAGUGUGGGAAGAACUUCAGUCUAAGAGGACUCCUCAAUAUACACCAGCGGACUCACACAGGGGAAAAACCAUUUAAAUGCAUGGAGUGCGGAAAAAGCUUCCGUCAGAGUGGACACUUAAGUGCACAUCUACGGACUCACACGGGGGAGAAACCAUAUAAAUGUAUAGAGUGCGGAAUGAGCUUUAGUGAUAAUGGAAGCCUUAGAAGACAUCAACGGACUCACACAGGGGAGAAACCAUAUAAAUGUAUAGAGUGUGGAAAGAGCUUUAGUGUUAAUGGAAGCCUUAGAACACAUCAACGGACUCACACAGGGGAGAAACCAUAUAAAUGUAUAGAGUGCGGAAUGAGCUUUAGUGAUAAUGGAAGCCUUAGAACACAUCAACGGACUCACACAGGGGAGAAACCAUAUAAAUGUAUAGAGUGUGGAAAGAGCUUUAGUGUUAAUGGAAGCCUUAGAACACAUCAACGGACUCACACAGGGGAGAAACCAUAUAAAUGUAUAGAGUGCGGAAUGAGCUUCGGUGAUAAUGGAAGCCUUAGAACACAUCAACGGACUCACACAGGAGAGAAACCAUAUAAAUGUAUAGAGUGCGGAAUGAGCUUUAGUGAUAAUGGAAGCCUUAGAAGACAUAAACGGACUCACACAGGGGAGAAACCAUAUAAAUGUAUAGAGUGUGGAAAGUGCUUCAGUAGUAAUGGAUGCUUUAAAUUACACCAGCGGACUCACACAGGGGAGAAACCAUAUAAAUGUAUAGAGUGUGGAAAGAGCUUUAGUUAUAGUGGAAACCUUAGGGAACAUCAACGGACUCACACAGGGGAGAAAUCAUUUAAAUGCAUGGAGUGUGAAAAGAGCUUUAGUCACAGUGGAACCCUUAGAAGACAUCAACGGACUCACACAGGGGAGAAACCAUAUAAAUGUAUAGAGUGUGGAAAGAGCUUUAGUGUUAAUGGAAGCCUUAGAAGACAUCAACGGACUCACACAGGGGAGAAACCAUAUAAAUGUAUAGAGUGUGGAAAGAGCUUUAGUGAUAAUGGAAACCUUAGAAAACAUCAACGGACUCACACAGGGGAGAAACCAUAUAAAUGUAUAGAUUGUGGAAAGUGCUUCAGUAGUAAUGGAUACUUUAAAUUACACCAGCGGACUCACACAGGGGAGAAACCAUAUAAAUGUAUAGAGUGUGGAAAGAGCUUCAGUCAGAGUGGACACCUUAGAAGACAUCAGCAGACACACAGCAGAGAAACCAUUUAAAUGUAUGGACUGUGGAAGGAGCUUCAGUCAGAGAGGAACCCUUGAUUUAUGUCAACAAACUC